GUCUUGACCACUACUUCCCUGCCCAUCUCUGUUGGAGGCUCUGAGUCAGGAUGCUGUCCAUCCUGGGAGGCACACAGAGGUCCUUCCAUGUGGCACUCUUCUUCCUGGUGCUGGUUGUGCUCCUGAUGGCGGGCUUCCUGAAUGUGGACGUCGAAAAGUUUAAGCCUCUGCUCAGGAUCAAGGCCCAGGACUCCUCCAGGGACUCUAUGCCGGUCACCAACAUCAUGUUCCUCAAGACACAUAAGACAGCCAGCAGCACCAUGCUCAACAUUCUCUACCGCUUUUCGGAAUCUCACAACCUGUCCGUGGCGCUGCCCAAGGACUCUAUGUUCCACCUGGGUUACCCCUGGCUUUUCGUGGCACGCUACGUGGAGGGCAUGGAGCAGAAUGGCCCACAGGAUCAUCACUUCAACGUCAUGGGCAACCACUUGCGGUUCAACUUUCCUGAGGUGCAGAAAGUCAUGCCCAAUGACACUUUCUACUUGUCCAUCCUACGAAACCCAGUUUCCCAGCUGGAGUCUUCCUUCAUCUACUAUAAGAGAUAUUCGCCUGCCUUCCGGAAAGUCAAGACCUUGGACCAGUUCCUGGCAGAUCCGUGGAAGUACUACAACGUCAGCGUGGGCCUGAAAAAUGCCUAUGCAAGAAACAACAUGUGGUUUGACUUUGGCUUCGAUAACAAUGCUCAGGCUGAAGAGGGCUACGUUCGCAGGUGCCUCUCGGAGGUGGAGCGCCAGUUCCAGCUGGUGCUCAUCGCGGACUACUUCGAUGAGUCCAUGGUGCUGCUGCGCAGGCGGCUGCGCUGGCAGCUGGAUGACGUGGUGUCCUUCAAGCUGAACCUACGCAGUCAGCGUACGAUCUCGCACUUGAAUCCAGAGAGCCAGGAGCGUGCCAAGCGCUGGUGCGAGCUGGACUGGCAGCUCUACCAGCAUUUCAACCGCACGUUUUGGGCUCAGCUGUACGCGGAGGUAAGCCCCCGCCAGCUCAGGGAAGAGCUGGCGCAGCUGCGGGCGAGGCGUCGAGAGCUCACCACCCUGUGUCUUCAGGACCCCGAGCCCAAGAACACGACGCAGAUAAAAGAUCAGAAUAUGCUCCCCUAUCAGUCCGGAGAUGCUGAAAUUCUGGGCUACAAUCUUAGGCAGGGUCUGGACAAUGCUACACUGCACAUCUGUCAGAGGAUGGCGAUGCCAGAGCUCCAAUACAUGGCCCACUUGUACACGCUGCAGUUUCCCGACAAGCCUCCAAAGGACAUACCCUUGCCGAAAAAGUAGGGGUUUGGCUAAAUGACCCUUUCUCCCCAGGCUUCCCGGGGAGCCUUAAACUUGCCAGCCUACCUUUCCCAAGGGAAGAACAGGGUGAAACCUCUGUGUAGAGAUCCACCUAUCCCCAGCUCUGGGGAGAGGGCCCAACACCUAAGACAACAGGCACAGCCGGACUCUGGCUGAACCCAACCAUUGUAGAGACACGUCCUGGACAGGCCUGAAUGCCUUUAAUUAUCUGUCUGCAGGAGUCAGACUAAACAGGCCAUCAGGUGAACAUCAGCCUCGGAGAGCACAAGGGCUUAGGCAAUGGCCUGGCGACCCAUGAAGAGGCUCAGAAAGGCUCCCUGGGAGUUUCUAGCCCCACAGAUUCAGCACUGGACCCAGAGCCAGGCUUGCAUAGAGCGCUCAGGAAGCAGCUCAAAGGUGGGCCCAGGGGAGAUGGGUGAACAGGUGGCCUCCCAUCUUUGGCUUUCUGAAGAACGGUGUAGACUGAGAGACGUGAAAGUUGCUGGUUAGCUGCACACAGGUGGGUCCACCUUAUAGUGUCCCACUGGA